AUGGAAAACGGGUCGUGCUGCCUCAUCCAGGGGGACCCCGUCUCCCAGGUGAUGCCACCGCUGCUGAUCCUGGCCUUCGUGCUGGGCGUGCUGGGCAACGGCAUCGCCCUGUGUGGUUUCUGCUUUCACAUGAAGACCUGGAAGCCGAGUACUAUUUACCUAUUCAACCUGGCCGUGGCCGACUUCCUUCUCGUGAUCUGCCUGCCCUUUCGGACAGACUACUACCGCAGACACAGGCAGUGGGCCUUCGAGGACAUCCCUUGCCGGGUGGCACUCUUCAUGAUGGCCACGAACAGGGCGGGGAGCAUCGUCUUCCUCACGGUGGUGGCUGUGGACAGGUAUUUUAAAGUGGUCCACCCCCACCACGUGGUGAAUGCCAUCUCCAACCGGGCUGCAGCUGGCAUCGUCUGUGCCCUUUGGACCAUGGUCAUCCUGGGGACCCUGCCUCUUUUGAUGGAGAGCCAUCUGUGUGUGCAAGGGAAGACCGCAACUUGUGAGAGCUUCAUCAUGGAGUCGGCCAACGGCUGGCCCGACGUCCUGUUCCAGCUGGAAUUCUUCCUGCCGCUCGGCAUCAUCUUGUUCUGCUCCUUCAAGAUCAUCUGGAGUCUGAAGCGGAGGCAGCACCUGGCCAGGCAGACGCGGAUGAAGAAGGCGACCCGCUUCAUCGUGGUGGUGGCGGCCGUGUUCGUCACCUGCUACCUGCCCAGCGUGUCGGCCAGGCUCUACUUCCUCUGGACAGUGCCGACCAGCGCCUGCAAUCCCUUCGUCCACGUAGCCCUCCAUGUCACCCUCAGCUUCACCUACGUGAACAGCAUGCUGGACCCCCUGGUGUAUUAUUUUUCAAGUCCCUCGUUCCCCAAAUUCUACUCCAAGCUCAAAAUCCACAGUCUGAGACCUAAGCGUCUGGGACGCUCCAAGAGGCCAGAAGAGAUGUCCAUUUCAAACCUUUGUCACAAGAGUUGCGCCAGCGUGGCAAAUAGCUUCCAAAGCCGAUCCGAUGUGCAGUGAGAUCUGCAAAUGUGACGGAUGGCACCGGAACAGACGGAUGGACAAAAUCAAGGAGGACCCGCGGGCGACUUAGAAAGAAUUCACGCUGGGGGGUGGAGAGCUUUGAAAACGCCAUUCUUUCUUAGCUGUCUCCUUACUCUGUUAGAUACGAAAUUCAGCUCAUUAUGUCUUUUUGGAAGGUUCCAGUUGAGA